GAAAGAGGCACGGGAGCGUCGAAGAACGCCCUCUUGCACCUUCCACCUCUAAAAUCGCCGCGAAAGCUGGCGAUGGGUCGGGCUUGCAGUUCUCCCUGCCCAUCCCGUGGGGCGGCCAACCUCGUGGGCAAAGAAAUGCUUCUCUUCCUCUGAGGCACCUGAGGUUUUCCGCGAUAUCAUCAAGGGAGUUAGACAAGUGUUCAUCUUCUAUGCCUUACUCCUACAUGAUCUUCGACUAUUUUUUUAGAAGAAAGGACGCAUGGUAGCAGCCCCUCGCUCGCUGUUCGUGGGUAACAUUCCUUAUGAAGCUACUGAAGAGCAGUUGAAGGACAUCUUUUCUGAGGUUGGACCUGUUGUUAGUUUCAGAUUGGUAUAUGAUAGGGAGACAGGAAAACCAAAGGGUUAUGGCUUCUGUGAAUACCAAGACCAAGAGACAGCUCUUAGUGCCAUGCGGAACCUGAAUGGACGUGAAUUCAGUGGGAGAGCACUUCGAGUUGACAAUGCUGCCAGUGAAAAGAACAAAGAAGAGCUGAAGAGCCUUGGCACUGGUGCCCCUGUCAUUGAGUCACCUUAUGGAGAGACCAUCAGUCCUGAGGAUGCCCCCGAGUCCAUUAGCAAAGCAGUUGCCAGUCUUCCACCAGAGCAGAUGUUUGAGCUGAUGAAACAAAUGAAGCUCUGUGUCCAGAAUAGUCCCCAGGAAGCACGGAACAUGUUACUUCAGAACCCACAGCUGGCUUAUGCUUUGCUGCAAGCACAGGUAGUGAUGAGAAUUGUGGAUCCAGAGAUUGCCCUGAAAAUUCUGCAUCGCCAGACAAAUAUCCCAACACUGAUUACAGGCAAUCCUCAACCAGUCCAUGGUGCUGGACCUGGCUCAGGAGCCAAUGUGUCAGUGAACCAACAGAAUCCUCAAGCCCCUCAGGCCCAGUCUUUGGGUGGAAUGCACAUCAAUGGCGCACCUCCUCUGAUGCAAGCUUCUAUGCAAGGUGGGGUUCCAGCACCAGGGCAGAUGCCAGCUGCUGUAACAGGACCUGGCCCUGGUUCCUUAGCUCCUGGAGGAGGAAUGCAGCCUCAGCUUGGAAUGCCAGGAAGUGGACCAGUGUCCAUAGAACGGGGACAAGGAACCCUACAACACUCGCCCGUGGGACCCGCCGGGCCUGCAUCAAUUGAGCGAGUUCAAGGGCAGAGAACAUGGAUGAUAUGGGCAUCUGUCCGAGGCUGUACUCCCUCCCUACUGGUGUCAGGAGGCUUGGAUGGAAUAGCAGUCUUGCCGAUGCAAGACCCCAGAGCCGCUAUGCAGCGGGGAUCCUUGCCUGCCAAUGUCCCAACUCCUCGAGGUCUGUUAGGAGAUGCUCCGAAUGACCCACGGGGAGGCACUUUACUUUCUGUAACUGGAGAGGUAGAGCCUAGAGGUUACCUGGGACCACCUCAUCAGGGUCCACCCAUGCACCAUGUUCCUGGCCAUGAGGGCCGUGGACCACCCCCACAUGAGAUGAGGGGAGGGCCAUUAGCUGAGCCCAGACCUCUAAUGGCAGAGCCAAGAGGACCCAUGCUAGAUCAAAGGGGUCCACCCUUGGAUGGCAGAGGUGGAAGAGAUCCCCGGGGAAUAGAUGCACGAGGGAUGGAAGCCAGAGCCAUGGAGGCAAGAGGUUUAGAUGCCAGAGGGAUGGAUGCCCGUGCUAUGGAAGCUCGCGCCAUGGAAGCUCGCGCCAUGGAGGCCCGUGCCAUGGAGGCUCGUGCCAUGGAAGUCCGAGGGAUGGAGGCCAGAGGCAUGGAUACCAGGGGCCCAGUGCCAGGCCCUAGAGGACCUAUACCUAGUGGAAUCCAGGGCCCCAGUCCAAUUAACAUUGGGGCAGUUGGCCCCCAAGGAGCUAGACAGGUCCCAGUCAUGCAGGGAACAGGCAUGCAAGGAGCAAGCAUGCAGGGUGGAAGCCAGCCCGGUGGUUUUAGUCCUGGGCAAAACCAAGUCACACCACAGGAUCAUGAGAAGGCUGCUUUAAUUAUGCAGGUCCUUCAGCUGACUGCAGAUCAGAUUGCCAUGCUGCCUCCUGAGCAAAGGCAGAGUAUCCUAAUCUUAAAGGAACAAAUACAGAAAUCCACUGGAGCACCUUGAAAGGUUUUCAAAAAUACCUGGCAACAAUUCUGGAAGUUAAUUCCAUAACAUUGUUGAAAUGUUGAAAAAAGGUGAUUUCUGCAUCCAUCCUAACCCUUGAAUGACUCAAAUUGGUGCCAGGUGGAGGACUCUCAUCACCUUCUCUCAGAACAAAAUCAGUUCCUUUUGUUGUUUUAGUUUGUAUAUUUUCCGUGACUUGAAAUAAACUUUGAACACAAUUUUAUUAUACUGCAAAUUGAUAUACAUGUUUGCUUUUAAAAAGCUGAACUCCAACAGUGAAACUGUCUAUGUAUUUUCUACCCUUACUGCAGCAUUGUACUUUGUUAUAUUGGCAUCGAAUUGUGUUUACUGUAGGUUAACCAUUUAUUCUUCUUCAUGAUAAUUUGAGAAUUUCUCAGAAGCAAUGUUUUCUGGAAUGUGGUCUUUGUUUAGUUUGCUUUCAGCAAGAAUAAUAAGGCUUUGUCCUUGGGAAACUUUCUGGAACAUUUGUGUCUUCUGGGAGAGAGUUGGAUGUGCUUGGACCUAUAAAAUAGAACCCUAACAAAACAGUCUACCACAGCAGUGUGUUUAAUUUAGAAAAAUCCAAAUAUUAAAACUCAUUUUUUUGUUGUUAGUGUCAGGUCUGACCAUACAUAGUUCACAAUUAAGAAAGAUUGUGUUGGCACUGGUUUGAGUGUGUCAGCAACACGAGACUGUUGUCAUUUUACUUGUCUUCUAAAACUCCUCAGUCUAAGUAGUCAACUUUAAAGGUUUAAAAAGCCACUCGUUUUUCAUGUUCAAGUUAAAAACUGAACUGAAAUCAAAUGAACAAAAUACGUUUCAUCCUAUCCUCCCAAAAAGUCACUAACCUACAGCUCUCUACCCUAUAGCCAAAUUUAUUCUUGGAACUUAAAGCAGAAAACCCUAAAGCUCUUUACAUUCUUCUCAGUUAUUGUAAGAGGAUCAAAUGUAGAGGACAAGCAAUCAGGUUGCCUCUUAGGUCUGCCCUGCCUGCUUCCUUGGAGAUAUUUACAAACAUAAUUAGUGCUGGUAACUCAUACCAAUGGGUCUCCUUGGCUAGUAUUCCCUCUCAUAGUGGCAUUAAGGAGGAACAUGUUUUCUGUCCAUUAUCAGGCUGACCUCAAGAAGUUAAGAAUUGUCUUAAUAAUUAGUAAAGUUCUACUAGAACUACUUUUGAGCCUAUUUAUAUUCUCAGAAUCUCAUCCUCUGGGUUAGGAUUAUGGUCAGGUGACUUAAAAGCCUGACAUAGGCUUAAGAAUGUGAUAGCAUAUUGCUUACAUGUUAAGUAAAAUAGUGCAGAGAUAAUCAACUUUAUAAGAGAUAUUAAAAUUCAGGAUUUUCUACUCCGAUAUGUAAACAUUUACAAUGAAAAUUUGCUGGAUAUUGCAUAUUACAACCUAGUAAAAGAUCAAGACAGUUAGGGAGUGUUCUGUGUAUCUUCAUCCCUAAUUCAUCUUGGAUGUUAAUUAUGCAUAGAGUUUGUUUUUAUUACCUUUUCUGCCUACUUCCAUGAAUAUUCAGUCCUUGAUGUGUUGAUUUUGACAGCUGUCGUAUCUUGAAAUUUAGACAUUGAGAUCAAGAAGGAAGCAUUUUGUUAUGAAAUCAUAGGUUUCAAAGAACUCAGAUUACAAAACAAAGUCAGUUCAGAUAAAAUAGGAACAAACCAUAUAUUCAAGGUUCCAUUAUAUAUUUUCCUAAAGCCUUGCUAAGCUUAAUUCAGGUAGCUGAAAUGUGGGUGAACAAAAUGGCAACAGCAGUAGCACUCCAAUCACAGCUACCACGUGUUCAUAGCCUACAUGUAUUGUUUCAGUAACUGAAAAAAGCAAUGUAACAAAUCCUUCAACCCGUCAAGAUCCCUAUAUAUUUAGAAACGAUUUGCUCAUUCUUGAUCACUUAAUGAUAGAAAAUUAGGUGCUGUCGUGGUAAUUAAGUAGAAACAUCCUUAUAUAAUGAGUUCAAUUGUCUUUGAGCACAAUGAAGUAUGGUGGUUCUUUCCUCCUAGUGAUUCACUGUGGCCACUAACAUCCCAGAGCCAGUGUGGUCAUAAUACACAGUUGGAUAGAUAGGAGAAAUAAAUAUUGAUAAGACAAAGGCAUUUUGCUUAUAUAAUUAGAUGAAUGAUUCCUUAGUGAAUAGGAACCAAAAACAUCUUUCAGAAUUGUUAAUUAUUUUUCACACUAGACAAUAAAACCCCUUAAAAAUGGUGAUAAAAGAGUUUCUGCUGGUUUAGUAAGUCAUCCCAUGUGGAGAUCAAGUUUUCCCAAUUAUUUCCAACAGGAUAGUAUAAGAUGACUAUAGCUUUUGAUUAUAAUACAGUUGCAAUUAACAAUUACUAUUACCAUGUUUUUAAAGAUUUUCUUUCUCAAAUGGAAAGCCCAGGAAGAAGUGACAAAAACUCAUUCCUUAAGCAAAGAAAAUUUCAUUUUUUGACAAAGGUAAAACAUAAGUUGCCAUUCACACUGGAAAACAUGGUUAAAGUUACAGAAUGUAUAAUGUUGCUAUUAUAUGGAAAAGAGUGUUCUCGGUAAUUUUAUGUUCACUGUUUAUUAUUUAUGGUUAUGUUUUGUCAUUAAUUCAAUAAAAUUUUAUUUUAAAAGUCA